CGUCUGCUAUAAAAUAUUAUCACCUGUGCACCGAAAAUAUAGUGUUCCAGCGAAUAUCCGAGACGCCGUGGCCGUGCUGAAUUAACAAAAUAGUGCGAAAAUAAUAAUAGUGUCAGCAAAAAAAGUGAAAGUGAUUUAUAAAUUUAAUAAUUAAAAAAAAAACAAAAUGACCAUAACACCUGGAAAUCAUUUAGUAAACGUGAUCGAAAGUGUAAGUGUUAAAAAUACAGACAGCGAAACAAAAUAUAAACUAGCCGCUGAUUGUAAAGCUGUCUUAGCCGAAUUUAUUUCGACAUUACUUCUCGUGUUUCUUGGAUGUAUGGCAUGUGUGCCCUUGGAAGGUUUCCAGAUUCAACCACCAUUGUACGGACCAUUUGCAUUCGGUUUUGCUGUUCUAUUCAAUAUACAAGCAUUUGGACAUAUAUCAGGAGCUCAUAUGAAUCCAGCGGUGACUCUAGGAGCUGUGUUAUGGGGUAAAAUGUCAAUUUGGCUAGGAAUAGCUUACAUGAUAGCACAGUGCGCAGGUUCGAUUCUCGGAUAUGGUAUACUUAUGGGCUUGUCACCACUAGAUUUAGUACCGAAUGCAGUUUGCACAACACAACCUCAUCCUCAAGUAACGAUGCUACAAGCGGUUGCAGUUGAAGUUAUUUUAACUGCCGCAUUGAACUUCUUGAAUUGUGCUGUUUGGGAUCCGGCGAAUGAAGCAUCAUUGGAAUCAGUUUCAUUGAAAUUCGGUUUUACAAUCGCGGGUCUUUCUAUCGCAGGCAGUGAGUUGACAGGAGCAAGUAUGAAUCCUGCAAGAUCACUAGGUCCGGUCGUUUGGACAGGAGCCUGGUCUACGCACUGGGUAUACUGGGUGGGACCAAUCAUCGGCGGAUCGAUUUCAGCAUUAUUUUAUAAAUAUAUUUGGCUUAACAAAAGUAAAGAAAUAAAAGAUAAGUAAGGUAUUAUAAGAUUUCGUAUUUACUAAGUUGGAUAAUGUUUAAGUUAUUUAUUAUACCUCAUUUAUGGUAUGUAUUAAUUAUGAUUUGUGUGUCUCUUUAUUUUUAUAUUCAUCAAAACUAGUUUAGAAAGUGUCUAAUAUUUUAAAAGUAAAUGUUCCAAUUGUUGAAGACACUGUAAAUAUUUUAAUACUGUCAUGUGUUUACUUUGCUAAUUCAAUAAGCGUUGAUAAUAUACAUAGUUCUUGAACAUUUUCGUUAGAAUUGUGUCUUAUUAUCUGUGUUUUUGUAUUCAACUUUAUUAAAAAGUAAAUAGGACGUUUCCUAAAUGCAAUCUGAGAAAUCUAUUAAUAUUCACAUGUAUUAUUAUUUAGAUUUUCAUAACAUUGUGUUAGAUUUAGCACAAACAUUGAAAUCUCAAAUCAAUAUUGUAAAUUAUGGCUACUAUUAUUCGGCGUACCGUAUAGCCUAAGAUAAAAUAUACAUAGAUAAAAUUAUACAAAUCAUUGUUUAUAAAA